GUCGAAUUGACGUGGAAUGACCCUAAUUUGAGUUUGCUUGCGAACUGAACCAUUGAAUUUUGAAUGCGAACUUUGUUCGUGAAUUUGAGUACAGUGAAGUGAACAAAUCAGCGAAAACGCCAUUUUUUCAAACCAUCGAAAAUGCCAAAAUAGGCAAAAGUAGCUUUGGAGAUUUAGUAUAAGAAUUGAAUCGUAAGUUGUGCGCUGGCAAAUUCAGGAUUUUUUAAAACGCCCAUCGUCUAGCAGGAAAAAAGUUUGAAAUGGCAACACUGGUUCGCAAUCGCAAGCAUUUGUUCGCCGUUGUUGGCAUUCUGCAACCUGCAUUGUUCUGUUUCUGUUUGGUUUGGCUCUUGUUUUGAAAAUGUUUAUGUAGUGUGUUGUUGUGUGAAAACAUUUUCAUUUUAGUAUCUAACUUGUUCGGUUGAUUUCGAAGUUCGCAAUUCUGUAGUUUUUUAUUUUAAUCUUUGUCGGUGUUGAAGCAGAAUAUUAUUUACAUUAUCAUACAUGUACAUGUAAUAUUUAAAUACCUACCAUGGAUUCAAUUUUGCCACACGAGCAAAGCCUUCGCUCGUUAUUCAACGAAUCUCCAUCGACGCUAGAAAGCAUGUGCUGCUUAAAGAUAUCGUUAUCGCUGUGGCAGCACGUCUUAUAUCGUGAAAAAGUCACAGAACAGGUUGGUGUUCGUUUGCGAUCCGGUGAUGAUGGAGAAAAAAGCGGCGAACUGGUGGGCGAUCUCGAUACUUCAUUUUUAUACACCGACGUGGAGAUCUCAUUGAAAAGCCUACAACUGCCCGAGAUCAUCGAAGAGUACAUCCAGAAAUCGUGCAAACAGGCCGGAAAGGAAAUGAACGAAUGGAAAGAUCACAUCAAGUACCGAACCGUACGUUCAGGUGUACUCACUAUGUUCCGAUCGCAUUUAAAAUGCUGUACUUGGAACCCAAACGGUACGAUCAACUAUAAAGAAAGUGCUCGAAAAUUCGUAUCGAUUGCUAGCAUCGAUAAAGCCCAAAAAUUCGAAAUCGCUGCCCAAUUCUGCCUGGAAGAUGUAAUGGCCGAUUUAUGCGAGUCUCCCGAUGCGAGCUUAUUACAAUUGAUGAAACAUUUCACGAAAAAAAUUAGAUUUCUGUCGAAGCCUGUUUUAUUCUAUUGGCUGUGUAAGUUCACCGAGCAAAUGAAUAAAUUACCUACGAAUCGAAAUUCCGGUUGUGUAGAAGCUCUCAUGCUUACACCUAACGUCAAGUAUUACUGGUGGUCUAUCGAGUAUUUUUUCCAACGUUUGAGCGAAGAGCAAACUCAAAUCACAAAGGCUAUCGAACUCAUCCAGGCAGAUACAUCGAAGCGUGAAUUUCAUCCGAAAGAAUUGGCCAGCAAAUUGAACGAGUCUCAGCUCACUGCGGUGCUUUUUGCUGUUCCGGUUGAUUUUUUAAGCAAAUUGAUCUAUUUCGAAGACCAUCAGUUGGCGUUUUCAGUAUGGACGAGGGUCAAGGAUUGGAUCAUUGACGAACAGUUUGUGACUUUGAUGGCGAAACUGAUGGAAAACCGUGACGAUGCUUUGUCAGUGAAAAUAUGGAAUUCGGCCUACAAUAAUCAGAAGAAUGCUUUCUUGAGUCAAGAUGAAAGUGUAAUCGUAAAGAAUUUCCUUCAUCCGGGUGAAUUUUCAAUUUCGGUUUUAUCGUACGCGUCGGUAGAUCGCAGAAAAGAAUUGAUUUUCGAGUACGCGUACUCGCUGGCCAAACUCGAAAACCAUCAUCGCGACUAUAUCGAAAAAGUAAUCCGAAUUUGUCUACCGAAUGCGAGCAAUGCGGACGUGCAAGGAUUUAGAAAAGCUGCGAUGAAGUUGCCUGCUGGUGAUACGAGAUGUGGCAUGAUGGGAUACUGCGGAUGUACCAGAAUGGGUGCGAAAGCACGAUACAAAUGCGAUACAUUCUUGAGAUUGUACUUUCCCGAAUAUGAUGAAACUUUGAGUGACGAUGGCCGCCGCGAUGAAAAUUGGAGCAAUUGCAGGUUGAGGCGACUUACUCAAGAAACGGUGACUAUAUACAGCUACGGCGUAUGAUUUAGGCACUUCAGACAUUGGGAUGAAUUAUUAAAUUCGUACCUACGUUUUACUGAUCUAUCUAUUUUGUUAUAAUUGCUUACCCAUUUCUUAUUAUAAUAAGUGCCACGAAAAAUGUGAUGUUUUAUUUGUUUUUGUUGCUCUCAACAACAUAUUGUCACAUAAAUA